AUGGAAGAUGACGCAGCGAUUGGGGUGAGCGACCAUGUUUCGUCGGAGUCGAAUUUGGAGGAUUCCAGUUGCUGUUGCCCAAUCUGCUUGGGGCCAUUCAUUCAACUUUCUUACCUCGACAAAUGUUUUCAUAAGUUUUGCUUCAAUUGCAUUUUACGCUGGACCAAUGUGGUUGCUGGCAAGCACCGUUCUCUUCCUUCUUCUGUGAAAUGCCCUCUUUGUAAGACAGAAAAUGUUUCUAUCGUGUAUGGAGGGGAAGGAAGUAGCUUUCAGCGGCACUAUGUAAAUAAGGAUUUUGAGGAUAGUUUUAUCUUAUCAAGAGCGCACAGAUAUAGAUUACAAUGCUAUUACACUGACCAAGGUUUGUUAGAUGACAUAUUCAAUAUAUCACAAUAUUGGAGAUCUCGUAAGUACACUCAGCCAAACUGCUGGCUUGAAAGUUGGUUAAGAAGAGAAAUUCAAGCUCUUAUCCAGGAGAAGGAUGUUGACAUCAUUAUGCACCAUAUACUUGGUGUGGUCAAAGCAGCAUUAUGGACAAGGAAAGAGCAGAAGUCACACAUGAAUUCACCUGAAAAGAAACAGGAAGAGUUCAAGAUGUCAGUCUCUGAGGCUGCAAGGCGGUUUCUGGCUGCAAAAACGGACAGAUUUGUGUAUGAGAUUCAACUAUUUCUUGCUUCAGGAAUGAAUAUUGAAGCUUAUGAUGCUGUGUACAUACAACGGUUAGGUUGGAGCUCACCCGGGAUAAACACUGAGGUUUCGCACAGUGCAUUAGUUGAUCGCACAACUGUGAUUCCAUACCUGUACAUAUUUGAUGGUGACUCUGAUGAGAAUGAGUAG